AUAUACCUAAAACAUUCUGGUGAGUGUGGAAUAUAGUGUGGUGAGCCGUGAGCCGUGACCGGUGAGUAGCGAGGUGCUAAGUGAAUUUAGCUUCUCACCAACUAAAUAAACCUCUCGUCUCCAUUACAAUGGAGUCGCUGGGUUUCAAUAUUUGGGGAAUUUUCCCUCCAUUUCAUUCUCAAACCCCGAGAAAAAGAAGAAACCCACGUAGUAAAAGUGAUUCCUCAGUUGAGCCUACCGGAGGCGCCGCUUUCCGCUUUCCGAUCAAGCAAGCUGCGACGGCGGCUACUCUUGCUGUCACCGGAGACACUCUUGCUCAGCUCCGUGAAAGAUGGGUCAACAACAAAUCAUCGUCUCAUCCUUUCAAGGAUGAUAUCCAGACUCUAAUUUCAGACCAUAACUGGCUUCGGUCCCUCCGGAUGGCUUCAUAUGGUUUUCUUUUGUAUGGACCUGGUUCUUAUGCUUGGUACCAAUAUCUUGAGCAGGUCAUGCCCAAGCAAACAGUGCAGAAUAUAUUGAUAAAGGUUUUGUUGAACCAAAUUGUACUUGGUCCAUGUGUAAUUGCUGUUGUUUUUGCGUGGAAUAAUCUAUGGCUAGGAAAGCUCUCAGAGCUUCCCAACAAGUACCAAAAAGAUGCUCUCCGUACACUUUUAUUUGGAUUUAGGUUUUGGGUCCCUGUCAGCGCAUUGAAUUUCUGGGUGGUUCCUCUUCAAGCUCGUGUUGCUUUUAUGUCCAUGGGGUCUAUAUUUUGGAACUUCUGGUUAUCUUCAACUAUGAUCAAGUAACCACUUUUACUUCAUCAUAUGUGUAGCUACUAGCAUGCAGGAUCUAGCAUCAGAAAACCACACUAUUUCAAUAUUAGGAAAAUUCUCCAUAAUCGGCCUAAUGUUGGAACUGGAGCUAUUCGGGGCUAUACUGUUUUUCUUUUUCUACUUUUUGGGUUAUACCAAAGGAACUAUAAAAGGUCGUUUCGUAUGUAUGCAACUCAUAGAACUGACGUCCUUAUAUUUCAUUAACUAUUGGAUGCAUUGUUUCAACUAGUUUUGAUUGUAUUCUAGCAAUACACUUACAAUAUUUGACUGAUUUUGUAAAAAGAUGUUAUAAACAAACUUUCAGUAAUA